GUCAGAAGGUCCGUUUGGUGUCUCAUUUGAACUCAUUACUUUACUCAGCAGCCGGAGAUGCAGAAGAUGAGCCUUUCUCCGGCCGAGGACUGCUCUGAGGUCGUGGCAGAAAACAGAUUUCCAUUGAAAGGAGGUGAAAAAUGUGAGACCCCCGGAAAGUCCUUCUUACAGCGUUAUGGAAGAAGUGUGACCGUCCCCCUUUGGCUCAUCCUGUUUCCACUGGUUAUUAUCGCAUUAACCAUUGUUCUAUCUCGCGUCCUUCGCGGCACAGGUGAAUGUCCUGCCCCUGUGACCACCCCCUCUGACCCCUGUGACGACGGCUGGAUCUGGUACAUGAAAAAAUGUUAUUAUUUCUCUGCCAAUAUUACCGAGUGGGAGAAGAGCCAGGAGUUCUGUGUCUCCAGGAAUGCUACUCUUGCCAUUAUAGACUUAAGACAUGAGCUGGAUUUCAUAAUCCGAUUUAAAGGGUCUUCUGAUCAUUGGAUUGGUCUGAGAAGAGAAUAUGACAGAAGCCCGUGGCUUUGGACAAAUGGCUCAGCCUUUAACAAUAUGUUCCCGAUCAUCGGUGUUUCGGACUGUGUGCUGGUGAACAGCGGUCGCAUCUCCAGCGCUUCCUGUUACUCGGAUAAACACUGGAUCUGUAACAAGCCCGACGCUCACAAUUCUCAUUUUUAAUAGGAGACGCUAUAAGACCAAGAGCACAGAUAUAUGCAGUUGCCUUGAUGCCCCUUCCCCAAAAUGCAAGGCUACACUGCACUGACGAGUCCCAAAAAGGCUGAAAUAUUUGUGCAGGUGUUAGGGAGGGUCUCGCGCUGAUUCGCUCAGUUUAGCAUCUUGGAUCUUUGAGUCGUAUUCUACAAAUCCGUUUGCAGCUCACAAGGAAAGGAAGAGAAGCUUUUGUAAAUUAAUUCACCCUUUGUAUCCCGCUGGCUCGGUGGACAAAUUGGGUGAAGCUGGUGCAGUAGUAUUACUUUUUUUGAAGUUUGUAUUGUCUGUGCCUCGUGGGCUGUGAAGUUAUCUGCGGGGGUGUAGAUACUUCCUGCAUGAGUAUUUUUACUACUGCAGCCUUCUCUGGCAUGAAGUGCUCAGUGAGCAUCGUGUCCGAGCCAUAUGUGAUCAUCUGCCCUCUGCUGCAGUGGUCACGUAUCUGGACGGCUGUAGUGUCGGCUUCAACUCUUGAGGUAGAAUAGUGUUAAAAUCUUUAGAGUCUUUAAAGGACAUCUGUCAGCAGAUUUGUCCCCUAUGGAUUGCCAUUUCUUGGGGGAGGGGGACAUCACAUCUGCAUAGCUUGAACCUCUGCAUCUGCCCGGGUAAUGGACAUGGUGGUGGUUCAGAUGUUCUUCAGCAUUUUUACUGUCUGCACUGAAGCGCACACUGAGCAUGUAUAUACUAGGAUUCCUUUAGAAGAAUUUUCCGGGAUUAGAAUUAUUUGAUCGUCGGGGGUCCGACACUGCCACCAAUCUGCUGUUUCAUUAGGUUUGCCGCCGCCUCGUCAGCCCAGGUAACUUGACGUCACCAGCCUAGGUCUAGGCCGCAGCUUCUUCAAACAGCUGAUCGGCAGAGAUGUUGGGCGUUGGACCCAAUAAAGUGUCUGUGGUCUGAGAAUAGACCAUCAAUGUUCUACUCCUGGAAACCCCUCUAAUCUGGAGGAUUCUUUAUUCUCAUAUUGAGAAGGCAUUUCUUCUAUGAGCUACCGCAGUGGGGGUCCACAGUCGGCAAUUGAAAUUAAUGGAUGUCUAUAGAAUGUUGUGUACAUAUUUCAUACAGUUUGCCCAGUGGUGACUACUGUGGGGCCCUUCAUAACCUGCGUACAAUUCAGGGGAUCUGUACCCUAAAAAAGUGCAAAUAUACUAAUUUUCAGUCCCGCAAGAUUAGAGCUCAGGCAGACAGUAAAAUUGCUCUAAUUACAUUUGUGUGCAGGGUCUCUUAGUCGUCUCCUAUUAACAUUGUGUUGGCUAAUACAUACAGUUUUAGUUUUAUAUAAUGAAUGUGCUAUUUAUAUUUUCGAAGACAACUAUGUGUACAUGGUCUCGUGCCACUAGUGCUUGAAAGUGUGUGAACCCUUCACAGUUUUCUAUGUAUCUCCAUAAACUGGACCUAAAAAUAAAGAUAACCAAAUCAAACAAAUGAGUCAAAAA